AUGAGGAGCUUCUUCAGCAUUGCAAAACUAACAGGGACCAGCAAGCAGCUGCUGCGACAGUUUGGGAAUGGGCCACCAGCUCAAAUGAAUGUUCAGCUAAAAGGUCGUGACCUCCUUACUCUACAGAAUUACACAGCAGAUGAGCUGGAGUAUUUGCUGUGGAUGGCCUCAGAUUUGAAACAAAGAAUAAAGCACAAAGGAGAGUAUUUGCCUUUGAUGCAAGGAAAGUCUUUGGCCAUGGUUUUUGAGAAGAGAAGCACAAGAACAAGAUUGUCUGCAGAAACAGGAUUUGCUCUUCUUGGGGGACACCCUUCUUUCCUUACAACACAAGACAUACAUUUGGGCACUAAUGAGAGUCUCACAGACACAGCAAGGGUGCUGUCCAGCAUGACAAAUGCAAUUUUGGCUCGAGUUUAUAAGCAUAGUGAUCUGCAUUUGAUGACAAAAGAAGCCACUAUCCCAGUCAUCAAUGGAUUGUCUGAUUUAUUCCAUCCUCUGCAGAUUUUAGCUGACUACCACACUCUUCAGGAGCAUUAUGGUGGGCUGAGUGGGCUCACUAUCGCCUGGAUUGGAGAUGGAAACAAUGUCCUGCACUCCAUCAUGACAAGUGCUGCAAAGCUGGGAAUGCACCUGCGUGUGGCAACUCCCAAGGGCUUUGAACCAGACCUCAGAAUAACUGAAAUAACUGAACAGCAUUGCAAAGAGUAUGGCACCAAGUUACUUCUCACCACAGACCCCUUAGAAGCUGCAGAAGGUGCCAACGUCCUGGUUACAGACACGUGGAUAAGUAUGGGACAAGAAGAGGAAAAGAAAGAAAGACUAAAAGCUUUUGAAGGUUAUCAGGUUACAAUGCAGACUGCAAAAGCUGCUGCUUCCAAUUGGACUUUUUUACAUUGCUUACCCAGAAAGCCUGAAGAAGUUGAUGAUGAAGUAUUUUAUUCUCCACAAUCACUGGUUUUCCAGGAGGCUGAAAACAGAAAAUGGACAUUAAUGGCUGUCAUGGUUUCCCUGCUGACAGAUUACUCACCACAGCUACAAAAGCCUACAUUUUGAUGCUUGGAUUCUUGCCAAGAGAAAAAUAUUCCUCAUCAGCAGAAUAUUCUGGCCUGCAAAUCCAUAGAUCUUGUGCAGAAAGGAUCAAGGCAAGGAAUGAUUCUUUAAUGAAACCAUAUAGAUAGCUGUGUGAUGCUGCACUGCGU